AUGGCUGCUCCAAACGGCCUUGCAAACGGCGUCAACGGCCAUGGCUCCGCCAAUGGCAUCAUCGAGUCGAAGCGCUUCUCGGAUAUCCCUGGUGUCAUUGACGUAACGGUCGCCGAAGGAGAUGUUGUCGAGCAGGUCGAAAUCGACCUUGUCGAGCUGGCCGAUGAUCCUACCGAGCUCUGCAUUCUGUUGGAGAAUGAGAGUGUGGUGAAGUCUACAUGGAUGACCAUCGCUUUGGCCUAUGCCAAGCAGCGUAAGAUCACUUUGGCCAUCGACAUUCUGCACAAGGCCCGCGAUGCCUUUAGCAGAGCCGGUGCCGAGGAGAAGCUUAGCAUCCUGAGUGCUCUGUUCUGGCUGAAUCUUUGCAUGUGCCGCGAGGCUCCCCGUCUCAGGCCUGAGGGCGCUGGGCCGGAACUCAAGACCAAGGAGCAGUGGAUCCAGGCCGCUACUUCAAACCUCAACGACGCAUCACGCAUCAGUCCUUCUUACGCCCCUCUUUUCUUGGCCCGUGGAGUUCUAUACCUCCUUCGCGCCUCUGCUAUCACGCAAACAAAAUCCGGCGCUCCUGACAGCGCAGAACGCACUGAUGCGCUGCGGCAAGCCGCAAAAUGCUUCGACGACUCCCUUCGCGCAUAUGGAGGCAAGAAUCUUAUGGCCACUCUUGGAAAGGCGCGAGUUCAAUACUCGCUUGGCAAGUAUGCGGAUGCUCUGGCAUCCUACCAGCAGGUACUCGGCCAAGCUCCUGACAUGGUCGACCCCGAUCCUCGCAUUGGUAUCGGAUGCUGUCUUUGGCAAUUGGGAUACAAGGAUGACGCCAGGAACGCAUGGGAAAGGGCACUGGAACUGUGUCCCGACUCCAAGACUGCCAACAUUCUCCUUGGCCUUUAUCACCUUAAUGUCUCCUCCCAAUACCCAACUUCUUCGCCCGAUUUCGCUCCCGUGUACAAGAAAGCGAUGACGCAAUACACGCAGAAGGCGUUCAAGCUGGACGACAAGUACCCGCUGACUUGCGCUACCUUUGGAGGAUACUUUCUGAUGAGGAAGGCGAUGGCCCAAGUGGAGCGGCUGUCGAGGAGGAAGGAGCACUACGAGAACGAAAUUUCCAAGGCGCUUGAGUACUACCAGAGGGCCGACACUGCACGCGGUGGUGAAGAUCGGGGCUACCUCCCAGCCAAGUUUGGUAUGGCUCAGAUUCGAAUCAUGAUGCAGGACUUCGAGGGCGCCAAGCUGCGAUUGGAGAAGAUCAUCCAACAGAGCAAGAGCACUGAGGCCAUGAUUCUCCUGGGGUCUCUUUACGCUGAAGAUGUCUUCGCAGCUCAAGCCGCGAACUCAAAAGAAGACAAGUCAAACGAGCUAAAGAAGGCCAUCUCUCUCCUUGAGAGUGUUCGCUCGGCGUGGAAAGAUCCCAAGCGCAAGGUCUCUCCGGAUACGGCUGUUCUCCUCAAUCUUGCGCGUCUGUAUGAGACCGACCAUCCUGAGAAGAGUCUCCAAUGUUUGCACCAGGUCGAGCAGAUGGAAUUGGACGAAAUUCCGGAGGAGGAUCGGCCAGAUGAACCCCAGCCGCCGGAGCCUAAGCAGGAAAACUACGAGGCCGCAAAAGCGGUCUACGAAGAGGCCAAGCGGGCGCACCUUAACAGCCUUCGCGAAAACCUGCCACCGCAGCUGCUCAACAACAUGGGCUGCUUCUACUACCAACAGGAAAAGUACGUCCAGGCUCGCGAGUUGUUCCAGUCCGCUUUGAAUGCGUGUGUGAAAGUAGGCGACAAGGACCAGUCCGUUGACACCGAUGCUCUGGUGACGACGAUCUCCUACAGCUUGGCUCGCACGUACGAGGCUGAGGGUAUGUGGGACGAGGCCAAGAAGGUUUAUGAAGGCCUACUUCAACGACACAGCGACUAUGUGGAUGCCAACAUCCGUCUUACGUAUAUCAAGCUUCGACAAAGCCCUCAGGACGAGGGCCCGAAGGCCAUGUCAGAAUUGUACAAAGCCGAGACCGCGAACUUGGAAGUGCGCGCUUUGUAUGGUUGGUAUCUGCGCAAAGCUAAGAAGCGGACCAACAACAUCAACGAGGACCAAGAACAACGUCAUUACAAGCAUACUUUGCAGCAGUUUGACAAGCACGAUCGGUAUUCGCUCACUGGCAUGGGCAACAUCUACCUGGCAAUUGCCCGCGAAAUGCGGAGAGACACUGAACAGGACAAAGAGAAGCGGCGCAAGAUGUACCAAAGAGCCGUUGAAUUCUUCGACAAGGCCCUUCAGCUGGAUCCGAAGAACGCUUAUGCUGCGCAAGGCAUCGGCAUUGCGCUCAUCGAAUGCAACAAGGACUUCGCCGGCGCCGUGCAGCUCUUCACCAAGGUCAAAGAGACCAUGAAGGACGCAAGCGUGUAUAUCAACCUCGGACACGUUUACUGUGAACUCAAGCAAUACUCUCGCGCCAUCGAGAACUAUGAGACGGCACUUGCAAAGGACCGCGCACGCGAUGCUACUAUCUUGGCUUGCCUAGGUCGCGUCUGGCUACUAAAGGGCAAGCAGGAAAAGAACAUCCAGGCCAUGAAGACCUCCUUAGACUACUCGCAAAGGGCUCUUGAAGUCGCCCCGGAACAGGAUCACUUCAAAUUCAACGUCGCCUUCGUCCAGAUCCAGAUCGCUCAGCUCAUCCACACCCUUCCCGAGAACGCCCGUUCCCUCGAGGAGGUGGAGGCUGCAGCAAAGGGCUUGGACAAUGCCAUCGAAGCAUUCAGCGCUAUUGCAAAAUCGCCGAACCCACCAUUCCCGCGCCAAGACAUCGAAGCGCGUGCUAACAUGGGCCGCAACACACAGCGCAAGCAGCUCGAGCGUGCUAUUCAGAACCAGCGCGAGUACGAGGAAAAGAAUGCCGCCAAGCUUCGAGAAGCUCGUGAGAAACGUGAAGCCGAGAUCAAGAAGCGAGAGGAAGAGAAGCGGCAGAAGGAAGAAGCCGAAGCUGAGCGUCUCCGUCAAAUUCAAGAAGAGCGCCAGAAGAUGCAAGAACGCGACCGCGAGCUUGCUUCCAAGCGUGCUGAGGAAGAGAAGCGUGUGCAAGAGGCUGAACUGACGACAGACACGGAGACAGGUGAGCGUAAGAAGCGCCAGAAGAAGAGCCGUGGCGGAGGUGGCAAGCGUAAGAAGAAGGGCGCCGAUUCGGACAGCGAGGGAGAGGCUGGCUCGGACAGUGAAGCAGGUGGUAAAGGUCGUCGCUCCAGGCGCCGGACCACCACAUCAGCCACGCCCGGUGGGUCCGAUGACGACAAGCCACGCAAGAAGAAGAAGAGAAAGCUCGAGCGCAAGACCAAAGUGCAGAACAGCAAGUACAAGUCGAGCGAAUUCGUGCAGAGCGACGAUGAGUCGGACCUGGAUGACACGGCGCAGGCGGCGAACGAGUCUUUGGCUGCCAAGGUCAACGAUGCCGAGGGUUCGCCGAGGCCAGAUGCGGAGAGCGGAGACGAGGACGUUCCUGUGGCAAGUAGGCAUCGGAAACGUGUCGUAGAUGAUGACGAUGAGGAUGAGGAUGGUGGGGCAGCGCCGGCAAAUGGUGAUGCAGACACGCCAAUGGGUGGGCUAGACGACGAAGACGAGUAG